AUGGUUCCAAAACGCUCUCGAGAUGCUGAGAAUGCAUCCAAAGAAUCACGCACAGAUAACAUCAUGAAGAAGCGCAAAGGUUUCAGCGUAGGCCCAGCCAAUCUUCCCGAUGGCACCUACAGACGCAAGACCCAAAAAAUCAAAUCCGAUCUCAUCCAAAAAGCCAAAGUGAAAAAGGCAUACGCCAAAAUUAAAGCCCAAGAACUUGCUGCGGGAACACCCAAGUCGGUUUACGCCACAGCCGAUGAGAAACAAACACAAGAAACUCAAGAACCUGCUUCGACGGAAUUUCACCCGGAUCGCGUCGCCAUGUUGAAUGAACCGGAGCCUGAGCCUGAGCCUGAGCGCGCUCCUAGACCUGAGCGACGUCCGCGCAGGGAGGGUGGGCCGAGGGAGCGGAGACCUAAGCCCUCGGCUUUUACGAAGGAGAUGGAAUUUGCGGAGCAGCGUAGGAAGGCUGCUGAGGCACGGGAGAAGGAGCGACAGGCGAAGCAAAAGGAACGUGAGGAUAUGCUACGUGCUAAGCGCCCCGAUCAGUUUGGCAAGCGGAGAUUAGGAAGAGAGAGCAAGGUCUUGCUUGAUCGGGUUCAACGUAUUGUUGGGAGUUCGUAG